ACGAAGCUUCUCGUUGUUCAUUGUCGCUUUGGUCGGCCAUACUUGGUUCCUCUUUCGAUUUAUCAUUGUGAAUUCACUAGACGAUUAGGGUUACGAUCACCUACUCCUUCCUUUUUAAUUCCCUUUUCGUUUAUGCGAAAUCAUCAGACGAUUAGGUUAAAAGAUCGACCUUUUUUGGUAAAUGUGUUGUUUGGUCUCGUCAAAAAAAGCGCUCUAGGUUGGAUUAAGUUUCUUGAGGAAUAAGAUUUGUAUUUAUGCACUCUUUGUCCUGUUUCUUCAAUGAUUUGAUGAACAAAAAUCUUUUAUCUUUGGACAAUGGAUUAGGCUAAUUUUACACCAUGGUUGGAAGAAGCUUAUCACCGGCGUUUACUCUUGAUGAUGCGAGGUCAUUUGUCAAUGAUGUGAAGGAAGCAUUUGGUGCUGAUGAAACUGCAAAAUAUCGAGAGUUUCUCGACAUCCUGCAGGGUUUAAGAGCUAAUAGAAUCGAUUAUCCUACUCUCGUUGCAACGGUGGAGGAACUCCUGAAAGAUCAUCAGGAUCUGCUUCUUCGUUUCAAUGCCUUCUUUGCAGUUGAGCCUAACGAACCACCAAAGCCAGCUUUCGAUGAUGCAGUUUCAUACAUCGAUACUGUGAGGGAAGCAUUUCAUGAUGAACCUGCAAAAUAUCGAGAGUUUAUCAAGAUCUUAAAUGAUGCUAGGCGUGGAGAUAGUAAAGGAAGAGUCUGUGAAAGGGUAAAGAGAGUCCUGAAAGGCCACCCGAAUCUGCUUCGUGGUUUCAGGGUCUUCGUUCCAGCUAGGUCUACGAUAACCAUCGCUUCGACAAAAUCUGAGCAACGGGCUGCGUCUGACAAUAACAAAAGAAUACGUGUAGCAAAUUUCAUCACCAAGCUUAAGGCAAGGUUCCAGGGGAAUGAUCGUCAUGUAUAUGAGUCAUUUCUCGAGAUAUUGACAAUGUACCAAGAAGGAAACAAGUCCGUGAAUGACUUGUACCAGGAGGUGAUUGCACUUCUUCAGGGUCAUGAAGAUUUAGUCAUGGAGUUUGAAGACGUUUUAAAAAAACCUACUGAUCCAUCAGGGUCAAAAUCUGCUAGAGAUAGAUGAGUAGAUUAGAAGACUGUCUCUGCUUUAGUUGAAGAUGCUUUGAAUAUAAUGUUUGGGGUAUAUUCAAAGAGACAAAAAGAGUUGUUCUUUCUAACGACAAGUGAGUGUAGUUCUCUUUCGUAGACAUUUGAGACUAGUUUGAUUCUUACACUAUAGAGAAGAACAUGACAUCAUGAUAUGCACAUAUGCUUCUAUAUUUGAGGUGUACAAUGAUUGGGCAUAAGAGACUAAA